UCCGGGCAGGAACAUAGACAUGGACGUGGCUUGGCAGUGUCUAAUAUUACUUGCUUGUAGGUGGAUCAGUGUAACUAUUUAUUCAGCAGACCCGGGUUGUUUGAACACGAUUCAAUCAAAGCUUUCAAGUUUUCUGUCUUCAAGUAGACCCGGGUUCAUGCAGCUUAGCUGACGGCUCGUGCAGACUCACUGGACCUGAAACAUGGAGAGCUGAACGAGGAGAUGGAGAUCACCUCGAUCUCCAUUUCCUUAUCAUGCAUUUCCUGAGUCGGGGCCCUUGCGAGAGAGCCACUGGCCAGCUCUGGAACGAGUUCCUACAGCACAAGUUCUUGCCCCGGAGGUACCAUGAAUUUUUCUCCAGGAAUGGGACGCCCACCGCUGAUGAAAAUGACGAUGUUUGUCGUUCCCACUCCGCGACGCGCAAGUUGCCGAGGUGUAAGAACGUUGACAACAAGCUCUUGCAGCAACUGCUUGUUCGCGUGAUGCGAAAGUUCCCAAGCAGACGUUCCUCCCCUUUCGGGAUCAGGAGCAUUCCCGCUUUUGGAAUCGGAGCAAAGAAAUGCUACAAGUAUCUCUACGAAGCGAAUAGACCAAUGCAUUGGCAAGCUGACCAAGUUCAUGCUCUCGAACUUGGUGGUGGAUUUGCAAUGCAUCGCAGUAGAAAAUAGGCUUCGCCUUCGUAGCUGCGGAGGUUUGGACUAUGCAAGAACCUGGCUGGCUGGCUGGUUUCGAUUACUGUGCUUAAAAACCUGGCUUUUUGUGGGAGAUAGCCGAUUUGUCUUGGGGAUUACCAGAUGGUGUUCCGGUUGCAACACUUCGUGACCACGUGACGGCCAUCAAGUUUAGUCCCCGACCUGAAGACGGAACCUCUGUCAAUUCACGUGUCUACAUGCCGAAGCCGGAUGUCGAGCCCGAAUCUGCAGGAGCUGAGAAUGGAGCACAGGCUACGAAUCAGAUUCAGUUCUGUGUGUUUAAUGUAGAUGGAUCAUAUUUCGUCACUGGGAGUUCGGACAAGCUUGCCAGGGUUUGGGACGCAAGAAAGUGGAUGGACGAGUACACACCGGAAGGCGAAAUUAUGAGCAUGACAUUUUCAGUAGCCACGAGAAUGAAUGGUUGUGCCGAGCCAAUCAAAGUUUCUUCCGUCGACUUUUUCAAGGAUGACAAGAUUGCCGAGACUUACGUGCCAGAUGUACAUCCAUGCAAUCCUCAUAUUGCAAUGAGUCCGGGCUACGAUGGCAGAGAUUUGGCAGGGCCAUCCAGUAAGAACAUAUGAGACUGGAGAUUAUAAUCUUGUCGAUGACAAUUUUCACCGUAUGCUUGCU